AUGGGUGGUUAUGGUGGAGGAAUGGGAGGCUUUGGUGGAGGAAUGGGUGGUGGUGGAAUGGGUGGCGGAGGAAUGGGUGGCUUUGGUGGAGGAAUGGGCGGUGGAGGAAUGGGUGGUGGUGGAAUGGGUGGUUUUGGUGGCCCUGGCUUCUCUGGAGGCAUCCAUCCGGUGCAAGUUGACCAGACCCUCCUGCGGCCAGUCCAUGUUGAGAUUGACCCCCAAAUCCAGCAAGUGAAAAACCAGGAGAAGGAGCAGAUUAAGACUCUUAACAAUCAGUUUGCCUCCUUCAUUGAUAAGGUCCGCUUCCUGGAGCAACAGAACAAGGUCCUCUCCACCAAGUGGGAGCUCCUCCAACAGCAAGGGCCUUCGGGGCCGAGGAAGAACCUCGAUGUCAUCUUUGAAAAUUACAUCCAGAACCUGAAGAGGAGGCUGGAGUCUCUCCUGGGCCAGAGGGGGCAGCUGGAGUCAGAGCUGCAGAACAUGCAGCAAUACGUGGAGGAGUACAAAACCAAGUACGAAGACGAAAUCAACAGGCGGACCGCUGCUGAGAACGAGUUUGUGGUGCUGAAGAAGGAUGUGGACUGUGCCUACAUGACUAAAGUAGAGUUGGAAGCCAAGGUGGGAGCUCUGACCGAUGAAAUCAACUUCCUGAGGUGCAUGUACGAGGAGGAGCUGUCUCAGAUGCAGACAAUCAGCCGGGACCUGUCCGUGGUGGUGUCCCCAGGCCCCCUGCGGCAGUCUCUGCUGCUGUAUGAAGAGCUACAGAACACUGCUGGAAGGCACGGGGACAGCCUGCGCAACACCAAGAUAGAGAUCCAAGAGUUGACCAGGAACGUCCAGAGGCUGCGGGCUGAGAUUGAGAACGUGAAGAAGCAGAACCAGCAGCUGCAGGCAGCUAUUGCUGAGGCUGAGGAGCGGGGGGAGAUGGCCCUCAAGGAUGCCAGGAGGAAACUGGAAGAGCUGGAAUGUGCCUUGAGCAAAGACAAGGAGGAGCUGGCUCGCUUGUUGAAGGAGUACCAGGAGCUGCUGAACAUCAAGAUUGCGCUGGACGUUGAGAUUGCCAUGUACAGGAAGCUGCUGGAGGGAGAGGAGAACAGGUACGUCUCUUUCUUUGACUCUUUGACUAAAUUCUGGACAGAUUAUACCAUGUGUGGAGGAGGCAUGGGAGGAGGCUUCGGAGGUGGCAGCGGCAUGGGAGGAGGCUUCGGAGGAGGCAGCGGCUUGGGAGGAGGCUUUGGAGGAGGCAGCAGCAUGGGAGGAGGCUUCGGAGGAGGCAGCGGCAUGGGAGGAGGAGUGAGAUUCUGA